AUUUUUACCAUCUGAGUUUGCACCCCCCGAAGUUGUCUCUCUUGGUUUGCCUUUUGAAGAUCCAUUCCUCAUUCCAUUAUUCCUUGAAUCUGUCAGUAUUUCACUGUUAACAUACAGGAGACAUCUAUUAAACUAUGAGUGCGGGUUUAAAGAAAUCCUCUUCAAAUGGCUAUGAGAAGUCUCUAACAACUGAAGAGCAGCAGGCAAAGAUUAGUGAGAUAAGAAGGUUGAUAGGACCAUUACCUGAGAAGUUGGCCAAUUAUUGUUCUGAUGCAGCCAUCGCAAGAUAUUUAAGGGCACGAAACUGGAAUGCCAAAAAGGCAACUAAAAUGCUGAAAGAAACCUUAAAAUGGAGAGCAGAAUACAAACCAGAAGAGAUUCGCUGGGAAGAGGUUGCUCAUGAAGCUGAGACAGGGAAGAUCUACAGAUCAAAUUAUAUAGACAAGCAUGGAAGAACAGUUCUUGUCAUGAGACCUAGUUUCCAGAACUCAAAAUCAACAAAAGGACAGAUUAGGUAUUUGGUUUAUUGUAUGGAGAAUGCAAUUUUAAAUCUUCCACCAGACCAGGAGCAGAUGGUCUGGUUGAUCGAUUUCAAUGGUUUCAACAUGUCACAUAUAUCAGUGAAGGUGACACGGGAAACAGCACAUGUUUUACAAGAGCAUUAUCCAGAACGUCUAGGCGUGGCAAUAUUAUACAAUCCACCCAAGUUCUUCGAACCAUUCUGGGCGGUGGUCAAACCAUUUCUAGAGCCCAAGACUCAAAACAAAGUAAAAUUUGUUUACUCUGAUGAUCUCAAUACCAAGAAAAUAAUGGAGGAUCUUUUUGAUGUGGAGAAGCUGGAGUCUGCAUUUGGCGGAAAUGAUGAUUCAGGUUUCAACAUCAACCAGUAUGCUGAGAGGAUGAAGGAAGACGACAAGAGGAUACCCACAUUUUGGACAAGUGGAAAUCCUCAAUCAGCAGCUCCACCAGAACCCAUGCCAAAAUCUCCCAUUGAUUUGAAUUCUAUCAAUCUAGACUCUGAUUCUGAUGCUUCUGACAAUGGCAAGGUAGGCGGUUCCCCGAGUCAUGUUUCAGAUUCAAAAGGCCUCUCUCCCAAUAAAAGUGUCUUGGUUGCUGAGGGCAGUGAUAAUGGCUCUAGUGAAGUUCACGAGAGAUAGAGGACACUCAAAGCUUGAACCUGUCGUGGUUGAGGUAAUAAGGUACGAUGAUCUGACUGUCUGCGGCCAUGCUAACUGUUUUACUGUUUUAGUUGAGAAAUAUGAAGUAAAGCUCCUCAAUUUGUAUCGUUGACCUUUUGAACUUUUCUGUCGAAUGGAUUUCCCCGUUCAGUUAAUUUAAUGUAUUUGAUAAGAACUUGUUUUGUUUUAUCCUUUUCAAGUUUACUCUUUGAUCUAUUUUAGAACUGACUAGCUUGAAAGUUUUUGCAGCAUAGGCUAAGAACUUAGUUCAUAUUUGGUACAUAGGAUGAUGGAUAGGAUAAGAUGAUAAUCAUCUUAUAUUAUGUUUAUUUUGUAUUUAGAGAAAAGGGGUAAGUUAAAAGGAGGAUUAAUCAUCUUAUUGGUAUAGAAUGAUUCAAUCCUCCCAAAGUAGAAGAUUAUUUUUAAUUUAUGGGA